GCCUCUUCAGGACAGCGCUGGAAACCAAGGGUUCCCUGGCCACCAUGAAUCUCACAUGGGUCCAGAGCCCCAGUAACAUGCCCCCCUCUUUUGCCCCUUUGUUUCCUGGCCAACACCAACAGUUUGCAGUCUGAACCCAGAUGUGUGUGGCUUUACCAAAGACAGAUGGAGACCUUUCCCACUGGAACAGAGCUGACAUGUGGGGAGACUGAGAUGCAUCUGGUUCUCCCCAUUUCCACCCUGAAGAACCUGAUUGUGUCAGAGCUCCAGCUCAACCAUCCUUCCUGUAGUGUCACGUCCAACUCCACCCAUGUGAUGGCCCGCAUCUCUCUGACUGGCUGCGGCACUAAGAGAGUGCACUCUGGUUCAGAGAUGGUGUACACCAACACCCUGCAAAGUGUACGCAACACUGUCAUCAGUCGGCAGCCCACCCUGAUUAUGUCGCUCGCCUGCCGUUUCCCCGGCGUCGAGGCCAAGGGCCCGCGGUACGCCAUCAACAUGCCGUCGGAGCAGGAGACCUUCGGCAUCAUCAAGUUCUGGUUGGAGUUCUACCGGCCUGGGGAGGGGCCCAUGGCUACCAGAACUAAAAUCCCCAAGUUCCGCCACCUCCUCCCUUUCUCGCAGCGUGUCCGCCGAGAAACGUCGGUCCGCACCGCGAGCAGGCUGGACACACUGGACCUGCAUGUGUUCUCCAACACCUCUCUGGACAGGGCAGAGCUGAUGGUGGGCAAGUGUAUGGAGUCCGAGACAGAAGACAUGGCUGACAGCCACUGUAUCCUGGAUCAGGGGUGUUCGGCUGGAAAUGGAACCCUUGAGAUUCUGACUUCAACCCCCACUGUCAGGGUAUACCGAAUCAACCUGAGCACUAUCAAAACUAAAGGAACCACGAUGUACGUGGAGUGUACAGUGUAUCUCUGUGUCACCACGAGGCCCUCUCAGAAGUGUCCUGAUCAGUGUGACAGGGCCAGCAGCAACCAGGUAAUGGUUGACAACGUGCUGACCAGGAGCUACACCGUCCGCUCCGGCCCUGUUAGCCUCGUACCCACCACCGCUGCACUGGCAACUACCACUGUGGUCCCAGCAACCACCCCCACUGGUACCAUUAGUGCAACAGCAGCACCAACUACAACAGCCUCAAAUGCUCCGACUGAGGACUCAAACAUGGCAGUGGGCGUGGUCUUGGCUGUCAUUCAUGUCUUACUUCAAGGCCUGCUUCAUCACUGAAGAGAGCAAGGCUUAUAAUUCCAAUGUUGUUCAAUUGUAGCUCUCGUGAAUUACUGCAUACUAAUUUUACAUCAUAAGAAGCCAAUGGAAUUAAUGAUAUGACACACUUCUUACAUUGGAAUGGGUCGUUUUUCAAGAUAAUUAUUUUGUACAGUAAAACUCCCCAUGGUGAUUUCUACAUUUUCUCUGAGGACAUUGGUAGACUUACAUUGCAUCAAAACUCGAAAUUUGUGCAUGUAAAGCACGAAACACCGAGAAUCUCACUGCUGAAAGGUACUUAUCACAGCGGGUGGCAUUCCUUCUCUUGCUCGAGCAAAAGCGGUAGCUGCUGCGUGACAACCUGGUAGUGAGGAACCUACGGCUUCUAGUCAGUGGCCAAUAACUUGAUUUUGAGCCAAUCAGAGGUUCGUCAUUAGUUACCACAGCCACAAAGUCAUGUGAUUUUAAACCUAAACCACACUGCUAACAUUAUGCCUAACCAUAACUUUAAAUUAAGACCAGAAAGCAAAUGUUUGUUUUCAUUCAUGUAGACAAUUUUGGACUUUGCGGUAACUAGUGGAAACCCAAUCAGAGAGCACCAACCCCCACGUUGGGGAGCCAACAACGGAAAAAAAGGAAAGAGGGCAGUUUUCCGCACAUCCUCGGAUGAGCCAGUCACACUUAAUAUGCAAUGUAGGCUAUGGGAUAGAAACUAACUAAGUGCACAGACAAAAUACUCAAUUAUUCCUCCAAGCUCGCUGUUUUAUUACACUACAGUGGUUGGAGCAAACCAACCACUGUAGUUAGUGUUGACAUUGUAUGUAAAUAACAAUGGAUUCGCUAGUGUCCAUGAAACAGCUGCCUGUGUCAGUUGUGCAGUUAGCUGCCUAACUUUAGCUACCAAACGUUAGCUAGCUAAAUUUUUGGCUAUGGGCUGGUACUUUGGGAUUAUGGAGAGUGAAUAAAAUUGUUUCUUCUUCACCUUGCUAGGUAGUUAUCUGGCUGUGGCCAUCUGGCUAGUAGCAACAUAAACACAGAUGUCUGGUAAUCUAGACCAUAAACAAGACGCACGGAUAUGCAUUGCCAAACAAAGCUACUGCCACCUUCUGGUUUGGAGUAUUUUAAAAGUCUGAGUGUGUGACGACUUCCAAGGUCUUUGUUAUGUGAUCACAAAAGAGUGACUGCCGACGCUGUUCAGAGUUUCAAAAUACAGUCGGGAGGCAAAUGUUUGACAAUUUUACCAGGCAAACGUUUGACAAUCUUACUGGUGUGUCUGAGCUUUAGCUAUUUUUAACUGCUGUUUAUAACUAUUUUCGUCCAAAAAUCCUGUUCAAAAUGUAAUCCUGGAAAUGAACAUAAAAUAAUUGUUUAAAUUUUGACCUGGUCAUGCAUGCACUGUAAAAAAUAUAAAUAAAAUCUAUUUUCAACUAAUUAUUAUUAAGUAA